AUGGCACUCCGACGACCCUCAUUUCCUCCAUUCUUGUUACUUUGCUUCCACCUGCUGGCUCCAUUAUACACAACCUCCGAUGCAGCCGUGAGUUCACACAUGCCUCAAGCCAUGCAGUGUUCAACGUCUGGCAACUACAGCUCUGCCAGUGCCUACGCUGCCAACCUGAACCAGUUCCUUGCUUCGCUUCCCGAGAAGACCGUUUCCAAGAAUGGCGGCUUCUUCAACGGCACGGUCGGCGUGGGUGUGGGCACUGUGUAUGGCCUCGCGAUGUGCUCCGCUGACCACUCGCGCUCUGACUGCGGUGACUGCCUCGCGGCCACUGCUAGCAGCAGCGCUAAUGGUCUGCUGAACCGCUGCCCUGGGAGCACCACUGUGCUCGCCUGGUUUGACGCGUGCCUCGUCCGCUACUCAGACACCAACUUCUUUGGCACGGCUGAAUUAGGUGUUAUCUACACGUCGCAUGGUCCAACAUCCACGCAGCCAAAGCAGUACACUGACGACUUGGAGAGAAACUUAAACGUGGUGAUAAAGGCCGCAGUGGCCUCGCCUCAGAGAUUCGCGGCGUCGUCGACGUAUCCAUACACGUUGGUGCAGUGCACGUGGGACCUGCCGCCGGAACUGUGCAAGACGUGCCUGCACGUGUUGUUCGACAGUUGGUCCAAGGACUGGGUUUCCGUAGAUGGCAAGCGCAGGAGCUAUAGCUGUGCUGCUAGGAAACAUAUUUGGUACGGCAACACCAGCUUCGUGGUUGUGCCGUUCGAUGGUGCCCCUACGCCGCAAUCUCUAGAUCAAGCGACCACAUCAGCUACUCAGUCGAGCAGCGCCGCGGGGAAAGGUUCUCUGACAGCUGGCGUGGUGGGUCCUGUAGUUGGCCUAAUUUUGUUGGCUUGUGCAUGUUUGAUUUGGUAUCGACGGAAGGGCACGCUUGCACACCCAAAUGCUCACAAAUUCACUUACCAACAAUUGGUGGACGCAACCCGUGACUUCACAGACACGCGAAGGCUUGGACAGGGUGCCUUUGGUGUUGUCUAUAAAGGUGCAGUGAUGGUGCAAGACAAAGAGGUGGACGUGGCUAUAAAAACGGCACUUGUUGUGUCAGAUGAAGCUAGGGCUGCCUUUAAGAACGAGGUUGAGAUUAUGAGCCCGCUGAACCAUUCCAACAUUAUACGUCUUGUGGGUUCGUGCGACGAAGAGGACAAUCUCUUACUUGUUUACGAACUAGUGGAGGAUCGCAACCUUCAGGCUCGGCUUUAUGGCCGUGGUGCUCGUGUGGACGCAGAACUAACCGGUGUAAGGGCUCGGGGUUCAAGCCUUGAUCUAGAUUGGCGGCAAAGGUAUAACAUACUGCUUGGAAUAACCUGGGGUCUUGAAUACCUCCAUGCUAAAUGCGCUAAAUGUGUCCUGCAUAGGGACAUCAAGCCAGGCAAUGUGAUGCUGGAUAGGGACUCCAAUGCUAAACUGUGUGACUUCGGGCUGGUGACGCAACUCACCCACGCAAUAACCUCACGCUCGACGAACAACAUCAUUGGAACACAAGUCUACAUGGACCCAGCAUACCGGAACACCGGGAAGAUAACUAAGGAAUCUGAUGUGUACAGCUUCGGUGUGCUGUUGCUUGAGGUUGUAUGUGGCGAGGAGCCAGUCCUAAUUGACGGCGCUGGGAAAAACAGCCUCAUCGAGAAGGUCCGAGAAUGUGAGAAGAGAAAUGCAAUUCUUGAUGCAGCUGACCAACAACUAAGGGGCGAGUUUGAUGAGGAAAUCAAAGCAGCACUAUCGAUUGGGCUCUGUUGUGUCGAAACAAGACGUGGUGACCGUCCAACAAUCCAAAUUGUGUUGGGCCGGUUAUUAAGCCUGACCGGCAAAUUAGCUUCCAAUAACCGCCAUCCAAACGCAGCCGAGGACAACAUGAUUAAGAUUGUCGUGCACUGCCAUAUCCAAGGCGAUGUUGUCCUUGAAUGCACCAGCAUUGAUGCUGAUAAAGAACGAGAAGAGACGAUGUUCCGAGUAAUGUUCAAUACAUCAUUUAUCAGAUCUGAUAUUCUGACGCUAGACCGUGAUGAAAUCGAUAUGAUAUGGGACGCUAAAGAUAGAUUCCCGGAGAACUUCAAAGCUGAGGUUAUCUUUUCAGAAAUGGCCAUGGAGGUAACCAAGGAGAACCUACCAGUUGAAGCAUUUGAAGAGGUUCAAGAGAUGUUCAGCAAUAUGGAUUGUUUGGACUCAGAAGAGAAUGCUGCAUUGUAG